CCUAGUCGUGUCUUAAAUGCCAAACACAUGCUAUAUAUAUUGAGACAGUCUACCUCUAAGUUAUUGAUAUAUAUCUGAACUUCUCCUUAUUAAAUAAUUAAGAUGAGCACUUCUUCUCAAUUUCUCUUCCUUUCGUUCAGUGUCAUUUGGUUUAUAUCUCUAACAGCUUUUGGAGCAACUACUAUUCACCCUGAUGAAAAGAAAGCUCUUGAAGAUAUAGCUGAAUCACUUGGUAAGAAAGAUUGGAACUUCGACAUCGAUCCUUGCAGCAACCAACCUAUCUGGUUUACAGAUGUAUCAAACAAUGUCACCUGCAACUGCUCUGUUGCCGGUGACAACUUCUGCCAUGUUGUUUCAAUAAGUUUGAAAGACCAAGAUCUCCCCGGCACUCUCCCACCGGAACUGAACAGGUUGCGUUACCUUCAAAUUAUUGACCUCACUCGCAACUACUUGAAUGGUACAAUUCCUAAAGAAUGGGGUUCCAUGAAGAAUAUUAUCAAAAUCUCUCUCAUUGGAAAUCGAUUAACGGGUUCAAUACCAGUGGAGAUUGCAAACAUAUCUACUCUCCAAGUCUUGGAGUUAUGGAACAAUCAAUUGUCUGGAAAUCUUCCUCAUGAGCUUGGAUAUCUAACCCAAAUUCAAACACUGCGAUUUUCCUCUAAUAAUUUUACUGGAGAACUACCUGCGACAUUCGCCAAGCUCACUACAUUGCAAGAUUUUAAAAUUUCGGACAACCAAUUCUCUGGAAAGAUUCCUGAUUAUAUUCAGAACUGGACAAGCAUCAAAACACUAAUGAUUCAAGGAAGUGGAUUAAGUGGGCCGGUUCCUCCUGGAAUUUCACUUUUGACAAACUUAGUUGACUUGAGAAUCAGUGAUUUAAAUGGAUCUGAAUAUGCACCUUUGCCACAACUUAAUAAUAUGACAUUGUUAAAAACUCUGAUUCUAAGGAAUUGUCAUAUCAACGGAACAUUACCGAUAUAUCUUGGAAAUAUGAAAACUUUACAACACUUAGACCUCAGCUUUAACAAAUUAAGUGGAACGAUUCCGAGUACCUUUACCACCAAAAACAAAAUGAAAUACAUAUUUUUAACCGGAAACCUUCUCACUGGACAAGUGCCUUAUUGGAGAAAAAUUGUUUACGUAGAUCUUUCAUACAAUAACUUCAACAUCAGUACUCAAAGGAGUCACAUAUGCCAAGAUGAAAAAGUGAACUUGUUUUCUACUUCAUGGACACGCAAUGACAUAGGAACAGUUUCGUGUUUGAGAAAAUGUCCUAAAACGUCUUACUCCCUUCAUAUAAAUUGUGGUGGAAAGCAAGAAAGAGUCAACAAAACAAGUUAUGAUGAUGAUUCCGAUUCUUCUGGAGCAGCUAAAUUCCAUGUCAGUCCAACAGGAACUUGGGCAUUUAGCACUACUGGUAUAUUCAUUGAUGGUGAUCAACUUGGAGAAAUUGAUUUCCCGCGAAAUUACACCGCACUUACUAUGGCGGACACUGAAUUGUACAUGGACGCACGUGGUUCUCCUAUUUCUUUGACCUAUUAUGGGUUUUGUCUGGCAAAAGGAAGGUACACAGUAAAUCUACAUUUUGCUGAAAUAAUGUUCACGAACGAUCAAUCUUAUGGUAGUCUUGGAAGGCGUGUAUUCGAUAUCUACCUUCAGGGAAAGCGGAUGCAAAAGGACUUCAAUAUUGCAGAAGAAGCAGGAGGAGUUGGUAAGAAAGUUAUAAAACCAUUCAAAGAUGUUGUUGUUACUAGUAAUAAUACAUUGGAGAUCUGCUUGUAUUGGGCGGGAAAAGGGACGCAGUAUAUCCCAAAUAGUUCAGUAUAUGGUCCUCUUAUAUCAGCUAUAUCAGUAAAAUCUGACUCUCCACACGGAAGCAUAUCCGCAGGAGCUGUGGUUGGAAUUGUGGUUGCAGCAACAACUGUUAUCAUUCUAGUAUUUGGUAUACUUUGGUGGAAUGGAUGUUUUGGAAAGAAAAAUUCUUUAACAAGAGAGAUAAAUAGUUUGGACCUACAGACGGGCUUAUUUACCUUGAGACAAAUCAAAGCAGCAACAAAUAACUUCGAUAUUUCCAAUAAGAUUGGAGAAGGAGGAUUUGGUCCUGUGUACAAGGGAUGUUUACCCAAUGGGACAUUGAUAGCAGUGAAGCAACUUUCUUCUAAAUCAAAGCAAGGGAAUCGUGAGUUUCUAAACGAGAUAGGAAUGAUUUCUGCUUUGCAACACCCUUAUCUUGUUAAACUCUAUGGUUGUUGUGUGGAGGGAGAUCAAUUGUUGCUGAUAUAUGAAUACAUGGAAAACAAUAGUCUUUCCCGUGCUUUAUUUGGUCCGGAGGAAUACCAAAUAAAAUUAGAUUGGCCAAUAAGGCAGAAGAUUUGUGUUGGUAUUGCAAGAGGUUUGGCAUACCUUCAUGAAGAAUCAAGACUGAAGGUUGUUCACAGGGACAUCAAGGCCACUAAUGUUUUGCUUGAUACGAGUCUCGACCCUAAGAUAUCAGAUUUUGGUUUGGCCAAACUUGAUGAGGAGGACAAAACUCACAUUAGUACUAGAAUUGCUGGAACCUAUGGAUACAUGGCUCCUGAAUAUGCAAUGCGUGGUUAUUUGACAGACAAAGCAGAUGUUUAUAGUUUCGGAAUUGUUGCUUUGGAAAUUGUUAGUGGAAGGAGCAACACCAUGUAUCGGUCAAAGGAAGAAGCAUUCUAUCUUCUAGAUUGGGCAGAGUUGUUGAAAGAGAGAGGUGACCUAAUGGAGCUAGUUGAUAGCAGAUUAGGUUCAGAUUUCAACAAAAAGGAAGCUAUGGUGAUGAUAAAUGUGGCUCUCCUAUGCACCAAUGACACUUCAAACCUUAGGCCGUCUAUGUCAUCAGUGGUAAGUAUGCUUGAAGGAAGGACUGUGGUUCCAGAAUUUGUUUCAGAUUCAAGUGAAGUAAUGGAUGAACAGAAACUUGAAGUAAUGAGGCAGUAUUACUCUCAAAUGGAAAAAAAUAAGGUAUGUAAGUCACAAAGUCGGAGUUUAUCAAGUGAUGAUCAAUGUACUGCUUCAUCUUCGUCAGCUGUAGACCUUUAUCCGGUCCAACUUGAUUCUUCCUAAUGGGAUGAAAAAAAUUAAGAGCACGUUAAUUCUCUUAUUAAUAAACAUCGUGAUAGGAGGAGGUCUAGAGGUUCAAAAUGACUAGUAUAAUGUUGUUAAGCAGCAAUUAUGCAGUAUAAUAAAGAGAGUGCUUUUUAGAUGAUUUUGAAGAGGUCUAGUUAUAUGUUUGAAUAAAAAAAAUACUGACUCCAGUGUUUUAAUGAGCUAUCUUUCAUUCAUUCUAAGUAUCAUUGUUCAUCCAA